AUGAGGGGCAGUAUGAAGGACUCACAGCAUGCAGCCAUCAAGACAAAGCUGUGGCCCAAGCAGAAAGUCAAUAACAAAGCCAAAGAUGAGUCACAGAAGGCGGAAAAGACCCCCAAGCCGCCGAUGUCCGCUUUUGCUGCCGCUGCGAGAAGAGCCAUCCCGCAGGUGAGCGAGGCCGAGAGGGUGCGGCAGACGCCCUUCGACAGGGUAGUCUACGACCUGGCACACAACGAGAGGAUGGUCAACGAGCUCAUUCUCGGGCGCAGGGUUGGAUUCUACGAGCUGCGCGGGGAGAUCGGGCAGGGGAACUUCUCCUCAGUCAGACUGGGCAUCCAUGCUUUGACCAAAGAAAGAGUGGCAGUGAAGGUCGUGGACAAGCAGCGUCUGGAUAAGGGAGGCCAGCCGAUCACCUCCUCCGAGAUCCGCUGCAUGGAAAAGCUGUGCCACCCCAACGUGGUGCGUCUGUACGAGGUGAUGGAGACCAGCAGGAAGAUGUACCUGGCGAUGGAGUACGGCAGCGGCGGCGACCUGUUCUCUCGUAUCACCACCAGGGGCAAGCUAGGCGACUUGGAGGCCAAACUGAUCUUUGGUCAAGUGGUCUCUGCGGUGAAACACAUGCACGACAACAACAUCGUCCACAGAGACCUGAAAGCGGAGAACAUCUUCUACACCACCAGCUACUGCAUCAAGGUGGGUGACUUCGGCUUCAGCACAGAGAGCGCACCCCACGAGUUGCUCAGCAAUUUCUGCGGCUCCCCGCCGUACGCCGCGCCCGAACUUUUCCGAGACAAAGGCUACAUGGGAUGCUGCUCGGACAUCUGGGCUCUAGGUAUUCUUCUCUACUUCACCGUGACCGCCACUUUGCCUUUUUUCGGGGACAAUUUGGGGCGGCUGAAGCGUUGCAUCCUUCAAGGGGCCUACAGCAUCCCGCCGUACGUGCCUGACCAGUGCCAGAUGCUCAUCAAAGGUAUGCUGCGUCCGGUACCAGUGGACCGCUCCUCGCUUACCCAAAUAGCAGACAGCGCUUGGCUCAGGGGGACCGAGGGCCCUCGUCCUUUUGGCUCCCUGCCUCUGUCGCCGGCCCACUUUGCUCAGGCCGCGCCGACUCUAAGCGAGGAAGAGGAGGAGGUGAAAACGCUAUUGUCCGAUCUGGGAAUUGCGGCGCUUCACCUGCAGAACAACCCCUGUUCGGACUCCAUGAGCCCUCUGACCGGCACCUACCGCAUCCUCCUGCACCGGGUGCAGAAGAGGAGGUUGGCGGAGGCCGUCGGCUACGAGGCGCUGCGCCCAGACGACUGUAAGAGUAAGUGGUGCGCAGCGUCUGUGGACAAACACGACCCUUCCGCCGUCUGUCUUAUACUCUGACACCGUGGAAGACCGUCGAAGUUAUGCAACACUCGGGUGGAGAAGACGGGCCAGGAAGGGGAGGGGCGUCCUUCAUCUCACACUUUAAAGACGUUUCUCCUGAAGUAAUGAGCCGUGACUCGCUCCGUGCCAGCAAUGCUCAGGAUUCAUCAGUCACCGCGCUGAAAUCCCUCGCAGACGCGGCGUAUAAAUCUGCACGGCUAAGCCGACGAGGCCACAGGUAAUCCCAGCAGGGGGUCCUGAGAACAUGCUCGCUCCGACAGCAAUGAAAGCUGAGACUGGAAAAACACGUCUGGCUUGGAAAUGACAUGAAAAGUGUCGACGGAGUCCAAGCAGGACCACGCAAAAAAUGUACAGACAACGAUGCACUGUGAUACUGUACUUAGACAAGGCGCACAAUCUAAUAUAACGUCUUAAAGAGCCAGGGUCUCCUGCAGGGCGCUUUUCUUUUUUUUUAAGUGCAGCACUGACAAAAUGUCCACUGCAGAGGACGCUGCUUCUCAGUCAGGAGAAUAUGCAUGCCUUUACAUUCUCAAUUACUCUCAGUAAAGUGUUCAUUAAUUUUGUAUGUAUCAAUCAAUCAAUGUUUACUUAUAUAGCCCUAAAUCACAAGUGUCUCAAAGGGCUGCACAAGCCACAACGACAUCCUCGGUUCAGAUUCCACAUCAGGGCAAGGAAAAACUCAACCCAAUGCGACAAUGAGAAACCUUUGUAGAGGACCGCAGAUGUGGGGAAAGAGUCCAGUCCAUAGUGGAUCUAACAUAAUAGUAUGAGAGUCCAGUCCAUAGUGGAUCUAACAUAAUAGUGUGAGAGUCCAGUCCAUAGUGGAUCUAACAUAAUAGUGUGAGAGUCCAGUCCAUAGUGGAUCUAACAUAAUAGUGAGAGUCCAGUCCAUAGUGGAUCUAAAAUAAUAGUGAGAGUCCAGUCCAUAGUGGAUCUAGCAUAAUAGUGUGAGAGUCCAGUCCAUAGUGGAUCUAACAUAAUAGUGAGAGUCCAGUCUAUAGUGGAUCUAACAUAAUAGUGUGAGAGUCCAGUCCAUAGUGGAUCUAACAUAAUAGUGAGAGUCCAGUCCAUAGUGGAUCUAGCAUAAUAUUGUGAGAGUCCAGUCUAUAGUGGAUCUAACAUAAUAGUGAGAGUCCAGUCCAUAGUGGAUCUAGCAUAAUAUUGUGAGAGUCCAGUCCAUAGUGGAGCUAACAUAAUAGGGAGAGUCCAGUCCAUAGAGGAUCUAACAUAAUAUUGUGAGAGUCCAGACCAUAGUGGAUCUAACAUAAUAGUGAGAGUCCAGUCCAUAGUGGAUCUAACAUAAUAGUGAGAGUCCAGUCCAUAGUGGAUCUAGCAUAAUAGUGAUAGUCCAGUCCAUAGUGGAUCUAACAUAAUAGUGUUAGUCCAGUCCACAAUGAAUCUAACAUAAUAGUGUGAGAGUCCAAUCCAUAGUGGGUCUAACAUAAUAGUGAGAGUCCAGUCCAUAAUGGAUCUAACAUAAUAGUGUGAGAGUCCAGUCCAUAGUGGAUCUAACAUAAUAGUGAGAGUCCAGUCCAUAAUGGAUCUAACAUAAUAGUGUGAGAGUCCAGUCCAUUGUGGAUCUAACAUAAUAGUGAGAAUCCAGUCCAUAGUGGAUCUAACAUAAUAGUGAGAGUCCAGUCCAUAGUGGAUCUAACAUAAUAGUGAGAAUCCAGUCCAUAGUGGAUCUAACAUAAUAUUGUGAGAGUCCAGGCCAAAGUGGAUCUAACAUAAUAGUGAGAGUCCAGUCCAUAGUGGAUCUAACAUAAUAGUGUGAGAGUCCAGUCCAUAGUGGAUCUAACAUAAUAUUGUGAGAGUCCAGGCCAAAGUGGAUCUAACAUAAUAGUGAGAGUCCAGUCCAGAGUGGAUCUAACAUAAUAUUGUGAGAGUCCAGGCCAUAGUGGAUCUAACAUAAUAGUGAGAGUCCAGUCCAUAGUGGAUCUAACAUAAUAGUGUGAGAGUCCAGUCCAUAGUGGAUCUAACAUAAUAGUGAGAGUCCAGUCCAUAGUGGCUCUAAUAUAAUAGUGAGAGUCCAG